CUAUUUUGGUUCUGCCGUUAGCAGCAGCAGCUCUUCAGACGGGGUCCGUAUAAUCUGGCAGAAUAACAUGUGAGCGCCGGAGGAGCUUUAAAAGAGGCGGAGCGCUAAAAACGGAGGAUUUCUGGCUGGAGUCUGGUGUGAGAGCAGCCGCGCUGAUUGUUGCCCUGUCCCCCCACAGAGUCCGAGUCAUGGCGGCCCAGGUGUCCGAGUCCGACCAGAUCAAACAGUUUAAGGAGUUUCUGGGGACGUACAACAAGGUGACAGAGAACUGCUUCAUGGACUGUGUCCGAGACUUCACCACAAGAGACGUGAAGCCCGAGGAGUCGAGCUGCUCCGAGUCGUGCCUGCAGAAGUAUCUGAAGAUGACUCAGAGGAUCUCCAUGCGUUUCCAGGAGUAUCACAUCCAGCAGAACGAGGCUCUGGCAGCUAAAGCUGGGCUGCUGGGACAGCCGCGCUGAGCCGGGCCGAGACCCUGAGACGGUUCCGGUCCAGCAGACCCUCUGACUCUGUGAAAACAGACUCUGAAACUGCAGAUGACAGUUUUGCUGUAAGUCUGAUCUGAAGCUCCGCCCCUUCAUCAUGGAGCCCCUGUCUGCAGGGUGAAGGAAGCAGUCAGGUGUUUGUGUCGAAGCAUCAUGGGAAACGUAGUUUACAACAGCAGAUUCUUUGUUAAACUGCGGAAUGAUCCUUUAAUGUGCAUAUUUCUAGCUGACCUUUCUUGUGUCUGGAAAUAAAAAAAUCUGACAUCA